GUGGCAGCGGCAGCUGCACCGGUCUUCUACUGCGAGGAGUGCGGAACCGAGCUCCUCACAGACGGUCGCUGUCCGCGCUGCACUAUCGGCCAGAUUUUUGGCGACCAGCCCGCCACAGCAUUUCGUGGACAAAGCUGGCUCUGGGGCUGA